GCCUGCUAAGAAGGGCAAGGGAGAGAGGCAGCUGCAGGACCACAGCCUUGUACACACGGAGCUCUUAUCCAGGAGCCAAGGCUCUGGGAUCCCAAUGAUGAGAGAAUGGGUCCUGGUUUUGUCCACACUGCUCUGGGUUCCGGCUGGUCCCACGCACCUCUUCCAGCCAAGCCUGGUACUGGAUAUGGCCAAGAUCCUCCUGGAUAACUACUGCUUCCCUGAGAACCUGAUGGGAAUGCAAGCAGCCAUUGAGCAGGCGAUGAAGAGUCACGAGAUUCUGGGCAUCUCAGACCCUCAGACGCUGGCCCAAGUGCUGACAGCUGGAGUCCAGAGUUCCUUGAGUGACCCACGACUCUUCAUCUCUUACGAGCCCAGUACCCUCGAGGCUCCCCAGCAAGCACCAGUGCUCACCAACCUCACCCGAGAAGAACUGCUGGCCCAGAUACAGAGGAACAUCCGCCAUGAGGUUCUUGAGGGCAACGUGGGCUACCUACGAGUGGACGACCUCCCUGGCCAAGAGGUACUGAGCGAGCUGGGGGAGUUCUUAGUGAGCCAUGUGUGGAGGCAGCUCAUGAGCACCUCCUCCUUGGUGCUAGAUCUCCGGCACUGCUCUGGCGGCCACUUCUCUGGGAUCCCUUAUGUCAUCUCUUACUUGCACCCUGGGAACACGGUCAUGCACGUGGACACCGUCUACGAUCGGCCCUCCAACACCACCACAGAGAUCUGGACCUUGCCCGAGGUCCUCGGGGAGAGAUACAGUGCUGACAAGGAUGUGGUGGUCCUCACCAGCGGACACACUGGGGGAGUCGCAGAGGACAUUGCCUACAUCCUGAAGCAGAUGCGGCGCGCCAUCGUGGUGGGCGAGCGGACGGAGGGUGGGGCCCUGGACCUCCAGAAGCUGAGAAUAGGCCAGUCCAACUUCUUCCUCACAGUGCCUGUGUCCAGGUCCCUGGGACCUCUAGGUGGAGGUGGCCAGACAUGGGAAGGCAGUGGCGUGCUGCCUUGUGUGGGGACCCCUGCAGAGCAAGCCCUAGAAAAGGCCCUGGCCAUCCUCACCCUGCGUCGUGCCCUGCCAGGGGUUGUCCUCCGACUUCAGGAAGCCCUCCAGGACUAUUACACAUUAGUGGACCGAGUGCCGGGCCUGCUGCACCACCUGGCCAGCAUGGACUACUCAGCUGUGGUCUCUGAAGAGGACCUGGUGACAAAGCUCAAUGCUGGCUUGCAGGCUGUGUCGGAGGAUCCCAGGCUCCUGGUGAGGGCCACCGGACCCAGAGACUCCUCCUCAAGACCUGAGACUGGGCCUAAUGAGUCCCCAGCAGCCACCCCCGAGGUGCCCACGGAAGAAGAUGCCCGGAGGGCCCUGGUGGACUCUGUGUUUCAGGUGUCCGUGCUGCCGGGCAAUGUGGGCUACCUGCGCUUUGAUAGAUUUGCAGACGCCGCUGUGCUGGAGACGCUGGGCCCUUACGUGCUGAAGCAGGUAUGGGAGCCUUUGCAGGACACGGAACACCUCAUCAUGGACCUGCGUCAUAACCCUGGGGGUCCGUCCUCGGCGAUGCCUCUGGUGCUGUCCUACUUCCAGGGACCUGAGGCCGGACCUGUACGGCUCUUUACCACCUAUGAUCGCCGCACCAACAUCACCCAGGAGCACUUCAGCCAUCGGGAGUUGCUAGGCCAACGCUAUGGUAACCAGCGUGGAGUGUACCUGCUUACUAGCCACAGGACUGCCACAGCUGCCGAAGAGUUUGCCUUCCUCAUGCAGUCCCUGGGCUGGGCCACACUGGUCGGCGAAAUCACCGCGGGUAGCCUGCUCCACACCUGCACGGUGCCACUGCUGGACUCGCCCCAGGGUGGCCUGGCGCUCACAGUACCGGUACUUACUUUUAUUGACAACCACGGUGAGGCCUGGCUGGGGGGUGGGGUGGUACCUGAUGCCAUCGUGCUGGCUGAGGAGGCCUUAGAGAGAGCUCAGGAGGUGCUGGACUUCCAUCGCAGUCUGGGCGCCUUGGUAGAGGGCACGGGUCGCCUGCUGGAGGCUCACUAUGCCCGGCCAGAGAUCGCACAGCGGGCCAGAGCUCUCCUGCAAUCUAAGUUGGCCCAAGGAGCCUACCGCACAGCUGUGGACUUGGAGUCACUGGCCUCACAGCUCACUGCUGACCUUCAGGAGGUAUCUGAGGACCACCGCCUGCUGGUAUUCCAUAGCCCUGGGGAGCUUGUGGCAGAGGAGGUCCCUCUACCGCCCCCUGCCGUUCCCUCCCCAGAGGAACUCUCCUAUCUCAUAGAGGCUCUGUUCAAAACGGAUGUGCUACCCGGCCAGCUCGGCUACUUGCGUUUUGACGCCAUGGCUGAGCUAGAGACAGUAAAGGCCAUUGGGCCUCAGCUAGUACAGCUGGUGUGGCAGAGGCUGGUGGACACAGCUGCGCUGAUUGUUGACCUGCGCUACAACCCUGGCAGCUACUCUUCUGCCGUUCCUCUACUCUGCUCCUAUUUUUUUGAGGCGGAGCCCCGCCAGCACCUCUACUCUGUUUUUGACAGGGCGACAUCUAGGGUCACAGAAAUAUGGACCCUGCCGCUGGUUGCUGGGCAACGCUAUGGAUCCCAUAAGGACCUAUACAUCCUCAUGAGCCACACUAGUGGCUCUGCAGCCGAGGCCUUUGCUCACACUAUGCAGGACCUACAGCGGGCCACCGUUAUAGGAGAGCCCACAGCUGGAGGGGCACUCUCCGUGGGCAUCUACCAGGUGGGCAACAGCCCCUUAUAUGCCUCCAUGCCUACUCAGAUGGCCCUGAGUGCCAGCACCGGUGAGGCCUGGGACUUGGCUGGUGUGGAACCUGACAUCACUGUGCCCAUGAGUGAGGCCCUUUCCACAGCCCAGGACAUAGUGGUCCUGCGUGCUAAGGUGCCCACUGUUCUGCAGACAGCUGGGAAACUAGUGGCUGAUAACUAUGCAUCCCCUGAAUUGGGGGCCAAGAUGGCUGCCAAGCUAAGCGGUCUGCAGAGCCGCUAUGCAAGGGUGACUUCAGAAGGGGCCUUGGCUGAGAUGCUGGGGGCAGAUCUGCAAAUACUCUCUGGGGACCCACACCUGAAGACAGCACACAUUCCAGAGGAUGCCAAAGACCGAAUUCCUGGAAUCGUGCCUAUGCAGAUUCCCUCCCCAGAAGUCUUUGAAGACCUGAUCAAGUUUUCCUUCCACACAAAUGUCCUUGAGGACAACAUUGGCUACUUGAGAUUCGACAUGUUCGGGGACUGCGAGCUGCUUACCCAGGUCUCCGAGCUGCUGGUAGAACACAUCUGGAAGAAGAUUGUACACACUGAUGCCCUGAUCAUCGACAUGAGGUUCAACCUUGGCGGCCCCACCUCCUCCAUCUCAGCCUUGUGCUCUUACUUCUUUGACGAGGCACCUCCCAUUCUGCUGGACAAGAUCUACAACCGGCCCAAUGACUCGGUCAGCGAACUUUGGACCCACACUCAGCUCACAGGUGAACGAUAUGGCUCCAAGAAGAGCGUAGCCAUCCUGACCAGUGGUGUGACAGCCGGUGCCGCCGAGGAAUUUACUUACAUCAUGAAGAGGCUGGGCCGGGCCCUGGUCAUCGGUGAAGUGACAAGUGGAGGUUGCCAACCACCGCAGACCUACCACGUGGAUGACACCCAUCUCUACAUCACCAUCCCUACAGCUCGCUCUGUGGGCGCUGAAGACGGAAGUUCCUGGGAAGGGGUGGGCGUGACACCUAAUGUAGUUGUCUCUUCAGAAUUGGCCCUUACCAGAGCCAAGGAGAUACUCCAGCAGGCCCUGAGGGGGUAAGGCAGAGUCUAAAGACUCUGAGGAUCCCCACGGCCAGAGCUGUGGUGGCAGGCUCUCUGGGCCACUACUGGGGCUCCAGCACGAGAUCCUAAGACCCCAGGCAGCCCCCAGGGGGAGGGGUUGCUGAGCUCAGACAUCCUCCAGGGUUCAUCUGCUGGUCCCCACUACUCCAAAAAGUCUCUCUCCAAAAAGUGGGAGCUCAGCCAUCUCAAAGGCAUCCCCCCAUAGUGGUUAUUCUGGGGAGACUGAAGUCCAUCUCGCUUCUACUCACACCUCCUAGCUGCCUGUCUCCUGUCCCCAUACUGUCUCCAAGAGCAAUUCUGUCAGGAGAGGGAAUUGAACCACGGAUGUAAAGUAAGGCACACGUGACAGUUUGCUUUUUCUAGUAGUCACCUUUUCAGAAAGCAAAAGAAAGACGUGCUUAGUGCUUGUAGCACUUUCCAGUGUCACAGCCCCUCUUUAACUCGGGACAGCCGUUAUCUGUAAGUUCACCCUUAGUGGACAGCAUUACUAGGUCAAAAUGCAUGAAAUACCUGAACAAGCCUAUGCUAGAGUAAAAAUCUCCCUAAUGAACCUCCCAUCAGAGUCCCUCUGUUUAAUGUAUCUGACUUUCUAUAUCCACAGUCCUCUUGUGAAUAUUCCAGGAUGACAAUGGUGGCCCGUAGCCUGCCUCUGUGUGGUCUUCCAAAUUCAGUGUGUAGUCUGGGGUUACUGAACAUCUGUGUGUUUCUGGUACUCAGUGGGGACCUUCAGCUCAUGGCUUCUGAGGUUAGGAGCCCUUCCGUAUGUAUCCCAUCCUCCCCCACAGCCCUGUUGUCAUUGCUUCCCUUGCCAAGCCUUGUCAUGUGCUACACAGCUCGAAUGUGUAGACACCACAUGUGAAUGGCAGAGUAAUAGGACACAGGUCUACAUUGCCCUCCACCUGCAGUCCUCAGACACCUUACCUGGGGGAAAGAUCUCUAGGGUCCAGUGAGGACAGUGGGAACAGGACCCCUGGCUGGUGCCCUAGAAUUCAUACAACUUGUUCCCACUACCUUAUAAACUAAUUUAAAGAUGCUAUGUUUUUUAAAGGAGGACCAUGCACCUGUAUUGUCUAGCCUUGACAUCUGGAAAGGCUAAGCUGUUGCUGCUCAGGGCCUAAUAAAGUGGCAAAGCUCUCCAAAGAUAACACAGCCCCACAUCAAAGACUCUCACGAAUACCCACCAAGACUCCAGGGAGUCCAUGGGGCACCCUUCAACUGACCCUAUAUAGACUCUAUGCAGACCAGGGCCUGUCUUGCUAUAUUCAAGUAAGCACACAGGUUGGGGAUUUGGUGGUAACCUGAAUAAUAUGGUUCUUAUUUCUCUUUAUAAGAUAAAUGUGUGACUGCUCUACAGGGCUUAAGCACUUAAAUUCCAGGAAUCCCUGCCCUUCCCACCUCCCACUUCCCCCUCCUCUCCUCCUUCUUUCUUGUGUGUGUGUAUGAUGUAACAUAAAUUAAAUCCUUACUAAUAGACUU